AUGAAUAAUAAGAUUCUUGAUAAAGCAGAAAUUUUGGUGCCAUUACUUGCGAUUCGUCCAUUGAUCUGUCCCUCGGAUGGUAAAUGCAAUAUAACCACAGAAUCGAGAACAUGGUGUCAAAAAUGUAGACUUAAUAAGUGUUUUGCAGUCGGAAUGAAAAAAGAGUUCAUACGGGAUGUGGAGGCAAAUGAGUUAAGAAAACAAUUAAUUAAAGAAAAUAAACAAAAAACUCAACAAAAUAAUGAAAACAAUUCAGUUGACAAACCUAUUGAUAAUUCUGUGGACAACUUCAUCAACGAUACAUCAAAUGAGACCAAACUUUCUGAUGAGACAUACGCUCAAGAAAUCGAGGCAUUGAUCGGAGACUCGCUUAAUAUCAGCGAUGAAGCACUCAGUGAACAGAUUAUGGAAAUUGAAAGUUAUGUCAUAAAAGAUACCAAAAAAGUUGAAAAAGUGGCCAAAAAUACUAAUCCAUUAGCAGUGAUGCCUAUUUUCAAAGUGAUCACAGACUAUAAAGGAUUUAAUCGCUUGGAGUUCACCCGGAUGUCCGAGUUGUUGAGCGCAUCCAAUGUUAUAAACAAUCCGUUUUCGACAAACAUAACCGAAAUAAGAGAUUACGACUUAUUUAUGCGGUCACUUGCAAAGGGAAACUGGAGCAGCAAUUAUACAUAUAUCUACUACAGAGGCCGACAUUUUACGGCAAUAACAUGCGAUUCUUGUAAAUCAUUCUUUAGGAGAACUGCUCUCAAAAAUAAGCCAUUAUACUGUAUUUCUGAUGGCAAAUGUGAUAUUAAGUCACAUCCAAGAAAUAUUUGUCAGAAAUGUAGAUAUGAUAAGUGUUUGUUAGUCGGGAUGAGAAAGGAAUUAAUACAAAAUACAUGGAAAAAUCAAUUGAUUAGUGACACCAAACAUAACGACACUUCAGAUGUAACCAAACAUUGUGAUGAUACCAUUGAUACAGAAAUCGAUGACUUGAUUAAUAAAACUCUGAAUAUUAGUGAUGAAGAAAUUUGUGAACAGAUUAUGGACAUUGAAAAUAGUGUAACAAAUAAUAGCACAGAAAAUAAUAGUCUUGAGAUUAUUAGUCAAAAUUCAGUGAUUCCUAUAACCAAAGGGGUUACAGAUUAUAAUGGGUUUAAUCAGUUAGAGUGCACUCGGAUUACAGAGUUAUUUCAAGCAUCCAAUAUAAUAAACUAUCCAGUACCUAAAAAUGUCGUUAAAAUAACUGAUCUUAGUAAGUUGGUUAGUAUAACAGCACCUGGUGGUGAGAGUCAUGUCCAGAAUACUGUGAAACUUAUUAAAAGUCUGAGUGGUUUUCAAUCCCUUUGUCAAAAUGAUCAGUUCAUACUUGUGAAGUACGGGUGCUUUGAUUUGAUUGUAUUGCGACUUUUGAAUUAUUAUGACAUAAGGACUCAAAGUUAUAUCUUCCCAAUG